UCCCUGUUAGUAACCCUUAAGUGUACUGUUUGAGACAUUCAUUAUGGUUUUUGACCUCCAUAUGGGUCUUAUUAUUAUGGUAUGUCACACUCAAGUGAGUUGGCUCAAACAACUGAACAUUUUAGCCACACAAUCUGACUGUUAAACCUGCGGAAACGGAAAAACCAAUAUGAUUAAACACGGCUGUAUAAAUUUUGAUCUCCUGGCUGAAUAACUCCCUGUGUACAACAACAUAACAGUCGCUGAUUCCACAUGGUAGUGUGUAAACUGGAUUGAAGUGUAAACUGGAUUGAAAAGUAAACAAUUUAUUAUGAUGAGGAUAAUGCUAAAGAAAAUGAAACACUUUUUCUUCCUGAGUUUUGGAUUGCUUUUGGUCUACAAUCUUUAUAAGUUGAAUGAAUCAUCAAAGAUGGGUGAAUAUAAAAAAGAAACAUUUUCAAAAUGGAACAUUGUUUCAAGAACUAAACUAGAAUUUAGAAAGGAAUUCAUAGGAAUCCCCAGGCAGCUGAAAAAUAUAUCAAAGCUAAUGGCUUUAAAAGAUGACAUUAUGCCUAUUACAAACAACAAAGAAGUGAAAGAUGAUGUUAAAACCAAAGAUGACAUUACAGCUUUUAUAAACAACAAAGAAGUGAGAGAUGAUGUUAAAACCAAAGAUGACAUUACAGCUUUUAUAAACAACAAAGAAGUGAAAGAUGAUGUUAAAACCAAAGAUGACAUUACAGCUUUUACAAACAACAAAACCAAAGAUGAAAUUAUAGCUUUUAUAAACAACAAAAAAGAAGUGAGAGAUGAUGUUAAAAUCAAAAAGGAUAAAAAUUAUAUUGUGACAAACACGGACCAAAGUGAAGGAUUUUUAGUUAAAACACCAGGGUGUUCGAUCCCAGACAUCGAUCCUUGGGAUCACACAAUUCAACAUUUCAUUAAUAAAAAUAAGAGACUAGAUUGUGAUACAAAUCCUAGUAUUACCUAUACAAGUGGGAAUAUUUUGAAAAUUAACCACAAUAUAGUUCAGAGUCAUUAUCCCAACUUCAGCCAUUGUGGCUACAGAGGCAUUUACAGAGUUAAGGGAGAGGAUAAUGCAUAUACAAUGGAUGCGCAGCAAACUAAAUUCAAGCAAGAUGUUCAUCUCAAGGUUGAAUAUAUUAAAGUUAAAUGUUAUGACCGCAAUGGGAAAACAAUUUACAAAAAUUUUCAUGCAGUUGUUUUUGAAAAGCAGCAAGUUGAAGAUGAGUGUAAGAGAAAUACAGUUGAAAGAAAUGAAAAACUUAAUAUAGUUUUAUUAGGGGUGGAUUCAGUCUCAAGAUUAAACUUCAUGCGACUAAUGCCAAAAACCAGGAGAUUCAUUGAGGAGGAACUUAAUGGAUUUGAACUUACAGGAUACAAUAAGGUGGGAGACAACACAUUUCCUAAUCUUGUGCCUUUAUUAUCUGGUAAAUUUGCUGCAGAUUUACCCUGGAACAGUGCAACUGAUCGUGGUAAACCUUUUGAUGAAUUUAAGUUUAUCUGGAAUGAAGCUGCCAAAAAGGGAUAUAGGACACUAUUUGCAGAAGAUGCCCCUAAGUGGGCAUUAUUUAAUUAUCUUAAGGGAGGAUUUCAUAAGCAGCCAACUGAUUAUUAUUCUCGUCCAUUUCAUAUUGCAUUAGAACUAGAAGAAUCUGUUUGGCAAAAGGCUCAUUGUGUUGGCGAUCGUCAUGAAUCUGAAAUUACGCUCAAUUAUUUAUAUGAUUACAUGGAUACCUUUAAGGAUCGACCACACUUUGCAUUCACAUUCAACUCCCGACUGACACACGAAGACAUCAGUUUAACAGGAGUAGCAGAUAACAUUUACCUAAAAUUCCUGAAGAGAGUAAAGAACUGCGGGAAUCUCAAUAACUCUGUCGUAGUGUUUUAUAGUGACCAUGGUAUACGCUAUGGAGAUAUGAGGCAAACAAAAAUAGGAAAACUUGAAGAAAAACUUCCUUUUAUUUAUUGGAUUUUCCCGAAAUGGUUUUCAGAAAAUCACCCAGAAUUUGUUCAUAAUCUAAGAAUAAAUAAGCAUCGACUGACAACUCCAUUUGAUGUGCAUGAAACACUUCAAAAUAUCUUAACUGAUGGCCCCUUGGAAUCAUUUACUUCUGACCCGAACAAAAAAGGAAUGAGUUUAUUCAAGGUUAUACCUGAAACUAGAACAUGUGAAGAUGUGGGAAUUUUACCCCAUUGGUGUACAUGUCAAAACAUGAAACCUAUCAGUACAAAGGACACCACAGUGAAACAGGUUGCUAAUUUCACAAUUAGCUCUAUAAAUAAACAUUUAUCUCAUCUUCAAAAUUCCGAUUUAUGUGCAAUUCUUUCAUUGGAUAAAAUAACCAAAGCUGAAAUGUAUGUUUCAACAAAAGAUAUUCUGAAAAUCAAAUCAGCAGAUGGUUUUGAUUCUGAUAAAACAGAGAUGGAGAAAGCUAGUACUCCAAUUGAAUACUAUCAAAUAGAGUUUGUAGCAUCUCCAGGAAAUGGGGUAUUUGAGGCAACUGUCCGUUAUAGUAACGAUGACAAAAUCUUUGAUAUUCCAGGACCGAUUAGUCGACUUAAUCGUUAUGGUCACCAGAGUGCUUGCAUCAAAAAUCUAGCACUCGAGAAAUUUUGUUAUUGUAACAAUAAACACCAUAAACACCACAGACUUCUGGACCCUUCCUAGCUAGUUAAAUUUCAUACAUUAUCUAAGGUAGCAUUCACAAAUUCAAUUGCCGGCUAAAAAAUAAUAAAAGACCAUAUAUUUAUUAAUGUAAAUAUAGUUUGUUGGCACUUAAUCCUUUGAACGAUCUGACUUGUGUCUUGCACCAAGCAUCUGUGUGCCCCCUCAGAAUUUUUCAUUUGGAAAAAUAGAGGGGGGUGACCAGAGUCUUAAUAUUGACUGCUACUCUGUGCUUUAUUGAAUAUAAUUACUGCAUGACCUUGUGAGUGUUACGCAAAAUCGCACAUCUGGACAGAAUGAACUUGAAAUUGAUUGUGUUUAAAAUUCCCGCAUUAUCUAAAAUGCAAAAUUUGUUCAUUUAUUGUUGAUUCCGUCAUAGACUGUUUUGCUCAUUGUUUUGCCCCUGACAACAACUACUGCCAAAAGAUACUUUAGUGCAAUGAUACCCUUUACAUGUAUAUUAAAACAUAUCUGCGUUCUGGAAUGACAACGGGCAGAUUUAACGAUACGCCCCUGUAUGACUUUACAUUUUGGUCCUUUUAAUAUGUCACCUUUGUGUUGUUGUAUAAUCAUUUAUUGAAUACACAUGGAAAAAAUAACCAUUCAAGAAUUACUGAGAAAAAAUCUGUAUUUGUUCAGUAUUUGAUGAAACACGGGUCGAACGCAAAACAUUCCACUUUAGUUGAUUUAUAUCCUUUUCAACCUUUGCAUAUGGGUUUUGCAUUUCAAUAAAUUAAUUGAGGUUUAAAGGAAGGGCAUCACAAAAAGGUUCACCUUAAGGCACACAUUCUAUUAUAUGGUGAAUGAAAAUACAAGCCAAACAUGCUUUAGUACAUUAUUAUGGAUAUAAAAAUAUGGUCAAAAGUUCAAUUGAUUAAACUGUUAAAGGCUCUGUGUAAAGUUUGAAAAUAUAAUUUUAUUUUAUAUUCUAUUUUAUAAUUUUAUCAUUACUUUUCAUGAUGUGAAACAUUUCUACUCCAUUGAAUAGAUCAGCCAAAAGUCAUAUUAUUUAAAUCUAUUUAAUGCAUAUAUAAACUUUAAGUGGCAAAAUAUUUUUUCUAAAAUUGGCAGUUGUAUAUUUUUGAAUAUGCUAAACCUUCGAGGUAAAGCAAUAUUGUUUGACUAUCUAGGUUGAAAAUAAGUUUUUAUCAUGUUUAAAAUAUGUAUGUACCAUUUGAUUAUAUGAGAACUUAAAUUUUAAAUUGCUUUUUCUCUGAAACACUUUUCUUCAUUUUAUGAAUUAAUUUCUUGCUUAAUUUUCAACCAAUUUCUUAAUUUUUUCAACACAAGUAAAAUUUAUAUUUGAAAUAAAUUCAAAAUUCAAGUCCUUCAAAAUAAAAUUUUUAAAAUUAAAAUGAGAAGUUUCACAAAUCACAUUUUCACGGGGGUAAAGCAGACCCGAUGAUGCAAUGAGCUUGCUCGGCGGUAUCAUGACUGUGUAACGGGUCUUAAUGUAUAAUUGUGCUCGGCGGUAGGUUCAAACAACGCGGAUCCACUAGGACUAUAAUAUAAGUCAUAAGUGGUUUAAACUUUAUAUGGAGCCUAGGGGGAUGGAGGGGGGGGGGUGCAUUACAGACAUGUGUGAAGGGAUUGUUAAUUUAUUGCCCAUACCUUGGUGGGUUUCCACCACCCACCCACCACGAAGGAUCUGAUUUCAAUUUUUGAUUUCCCUUGCAUGAUUAUUGCUAGAAACUAUUCACCCCAGAUUUUUAUCAGAUACAUCUGUAAAAAUAUAUUCAAUUUUUGAUGGCUCUCGACUUCAGGCUAAAAUACUAAAUACAGUCACAAUUAGCCAUUCAAAAUUUCUCUUCAAAUCCCAUAGAUUCAUACACAAUUCACAAAAGGUAAUGUUUCAAAUUCAAUCAAAUCUUCCUUAUUCAAUGAUCAUGUUUGAACACAAUCUAUUGCACUAUAUUCCACAUUCAUCUGUCACAUAUAACCAGUCUCAGCUUUUUCAAUUUCCACUAACAUAUCUUCCAACCAAUGAACAGCGUUCUCCAAGUACUCAUGAGGAUAUUGGGCGUUAACUGCUUGAAAUAUGUCCAAUAACUUCUUGUAUCUUGUCUUUAUAUCAAACUUACAAACUUUGUGUAGUUUUCUUAGACAGACUGGACAGAGGAAUAUCGGUUGUCUCAGCGCUUGGACCAUCGAUGUACUCUCAUUCAUUGAGCAAUGAAAAUGGACACAAUGUCUUUGACCAAAUAUGUGGCAAGUCUCAUGGCUUAGGACCUGAAAAAAAGAUUUAAUUCAUUAUAUUUGUUUGAUAUUGUUCUAACAUAUUGUGAUGAUUUUAUUACAAAUCAAAAUC